GGACAGCAUGAAAGAGGCUGAAAAACAACAUGCCUAGAUUUCUCUUAAAGCACAGUUGAAGGAACAGAAGCCUCAUCUGUAUUUUCAAAUGCUCAAUUGAAUUCUUUGAUAACUACUUUGAAGCCCUAAAGAGUUUUUCAGGAGGAAUAAUGCAUACUCUUUUAAUGUCCUUAUUUAAUAUAAGACUUCACAGCAGCUAAAGUUGAAACUUUUAGUCUAAAAAAUGUAGCUUGAGAGGAGACUGGCAGAUCCUGAGAGACCCUGAACAGCACACACCUGAAGGUGGUUGUGAAUCAGCUGAAGUUUGUCUGCUGCUCCUCUCUGACAACAACUCCAGCGUGAGUAGAAUGAACCUUAAAAUAUGGAAAGAGGCUGAGAAACUGAUGAACAUUUGUAAUGUGCAUAUCUCCUCUCAGUGGAGUUGAAGAUCACUCUGCUCAGUGUGGAACCUGACUCCUCUGACCCUUCAUAAUCAAGAUGGAGAAUCUAGGAGCCAAGCUGCCUCCCUCUGCUCUGGCCAGCAGCUCCCAGCAACGUCUGUUCAGGAAGAGCACCACCUACCUGGCUAAGAUAGCUGUGGUCCUCCAGGACGCUCCAGGAAAGAUGCUCACGUUCAGUCAGUUGAUGGACAAGCUGAUGCCACUCAUUUGUGAAGACAGAAGAUCUGUUGAGAACAACAUCAGAGUCUGUUUAUCCUCCAACACCUGUUUUGUCAAGAUCCCAAUGGUCCCAGAUUUACUGGACAGUAAGAGAAACUACUGGAAGCUGGAUACCAGUAAGAUCACAGCAAAGAUGGUGCGUCGUCACUUCAAAGGGAUCCUGCAGUUUUUUCCUGAGUUGGCCUCCAAAGUGGAGACUGAGAACACAAGCAGGGGACCAGAGCGCUGCUCGGUCCCCCUCUCCCCCUGCAGAUCCGUUCAGAUCAGAUGUGAGGUGAAGUUCAGCAGCCCUUUCUCCAUCGAAUCCCUCCUGAAGAGAGACAGCCCCUCUGCUCGGAGCCCUACAGCUUCUCCUCUGUGCAGCAUGCCGGUCAGGGUGGAACAGCGAGUCGGGACAAAGAGGAGCUUCAGCUGGGACUCUGAGCAGCAUCUCCUCCUGCAGACUUCAGCUGGAAGUUCCCCCGUGUGCUCAGCAGGGGGCAGCAUGCACCAUGGACUCAUUGCUGCAGGAGCUAUUAAACCCGUCAGGAGGAGCCAUGUGUUGUCGGAGCCCUCAUCCCUAGUUUACUGUAGAGCUGCUCCUUAUUACAGCAGCCCACACAGCAGUUACAUCACUUACUCUGUACCCACUAUUUCCCAUGAUGCUCUGCGAUUUCGUUUGUAAAUAUAUUUCAAAUACUUAAUUGCACUUUUAUAUGUUGAAUGUUUUUGAAUUGAUUGUACAUUGCAGAGAUAUUUUUAUCUUUCAAACAGAAAAAAAGAAAAGACACGUUUUGAAAGCCCACCAGAGGUCUCAUGUGGCUGAAAAAGUCUAAACAUCGCAUUUAUGACUCUUGUGUUCUUAAUGUCUACUUCGACUUGGUUUAGUGAGAUAAGACUUUUUUUUUCAACAGAUGUCAAUUUUGAUUUUUUUAGCACACUUCUUAAAGUGUCUUCAGGGCUGUGUCUGACCACUAGAGGGCAGCAAAGCAUUUGAGCUUAAAUGCAGAAUAUUUUUUACACUGCCUCGUGUCAAACUCAUUAAAGUUGUUUGUUCCCAGUCAUCAUA